CCCAUGCUAAGAAGAAGAAAGUGAAAGGUCUGGGUAAAGAAAUCACCCUCCUCAUGCAGACCCUCAACACACUGAGCACCCCCGAGGAAAAGCUUGGAGGCCUUUGCACGAUGUACGCCGAACUGUUGGAAGAGAACCGUAACACUCAGAAGCAGAUGAAGGUGCUGCAGAAGAAGCAGAACCAGCUGGUCCAGGAGAAAGACAACCUGAGGAACGAGCACAGCAAGGCUAUCCUGGCCCGCAGCAAGCUGGAAAGCCUCUCCAGGGAGCUGCAAAGACACAACCGGACACUCAAGGAGGAAGGAAUCCAAAGAACGCGGCUGGAGGAGAAGAGGAAGGAGGUGACUUCUCAUUUCCAGGUGACGCUGAACGACAUCCAGACUCAGAUGGAGCAGCACGACGAGAGAAACGCCAGCCUUCGACAAGAGAACGCAGACCUGGCAGAAAAACUCAAGAAACUCUACGAACAGUACAAACUGCGCGAGGAGCACAUCGACAAAGUGGUGAAGCACAAAGACCUGCAGCAACAGCUGGUGGAUGCAAAGCUGCAUCAGGCACAGGAGCUGCUGAAGGAGUCGGAGGAGCGGCACGAGAGAGAGAAAGACUUUCUGCUAAAGGAAGCCGUAGAGUCUCAAAUGAUGUGUGAGCUGAAGUUACAGAGUACCUUUUGGUCUCCUCUCUUAAGGGGGGAGGUGUGACGACCCACCCUGUCUUAACAGGGUGUUCUGUUCAUGUGCAGGAGGAGGGGACCAGCCUGCAUGGGUGUGCCUAGAGGAGGAGGCACACCUGACUCCAAUCAGGCCCAAUAUUUAA